AUGCAGGGGCGGGGAUUGCAGGGGCGGGGAUUGGGAUCGCGCGCGUCGUCGUCGCAGUACACGGAGUCGCAGUACACGGAGUCGGACGACGACGACGACGACGACGACGACGACGCGCGGCAGCAGCAGCAGCAGAUGCGGGAUGAGCACGACGCGGAACAAACGGAGCCACCACAGCAGCAGGCGACGCAUCCACAACAACACCACCAUCCUCCUCCCUCGGCGGCGGGCGCGGAGGCGCGCGACCUCGAACUCCAACGCAGAGAGAUCGAGCUCGAGAAGCAGCGCCUCGCGAUGGCGUCGAAGCUCAUCCUCGAAGCGCAACGGAUGGAAGACGGCAGGAGACAGCAGACGGGGGGGCAGCCGUCCGCCGCCGCCAUACCCGCCGCCGCCGCGACCGCGAACGCGAUGACGACCGCGAGCGCCCACCCGCGCGCGUACGAAGGCCAUCCGCUGCUCGCGCCGCUCGCGACGCUGAGCGGCGCGAGCGGCAGCGAACGCCUCGUCGCCGCGAUGGAGCACGUCGAUCGCGUCGUCAACGCAUUCUCCGAGGACAUCGGCCGCGCCGUCGCCAACAUCCGCGCCGAGAGCUUCGAGGCGCACCGCGAGAAGCAAGAGGCGGACCUCGAGCUUCGAUGGACGGAGCUGCGACGAGAGCGGGAGCAGGAGAAGGCGGAGCGGACGCGCGCGGAGAGAGAGCUUCGCGAGGCGAGCGCGCGCGCCACCGCGGAGACGCAGGCGGCGGCGUUGGUGCAGAUGCAGGCGGCGCAGGCGGCGCAGGCGGCGAGUUACGGCUUCGGCGGCGGCUUCGGGGAGGCGCUGGGCCCCGGGACCGGGCCCGCGGAGCCGCGCGAGGCCGCGACGUACGGCGGCCUCCCCGGCGGCGCGCGAGGGGAGGGGGCGGUUCGCAUCCCCCCGGACGGCGGCGGUUCGUAUCCGUAUCCGUAUCCGGAACCGGACCCGUACGCGUACGCGCACGCGUCGUCGUCUUCCGCGCGAGGGGCUGUCGGCGUCGGCGAGAAGCCGCCCCCCGGCGCGUCCGUCGUCCUCGCGCUCGGCGGGUUGCGCCGCGCGGACGCGCCCACGCGCGCCGCGGAGGCGUAUGAGGUGCGUUCUAUAUACUGGUUCCCAUACGGCCGCGUUCGCGUGGUGAACGCCGAUCCUUAA